AUGAACGGCUGCGGGGAACACAACCUCCUCGCAGCCAUGCUCGUUGACCAAGCCCGGCGCAAGCAUCAAGAGUUGCAUGUCGUGUGGUACGACUUUGACGCUUUUGGUAGCGUGCCACACGACUUGCUAUGGGAAGCACUACAACAGCAGGGUGUUUUGACCAAGUUUGUCGCUUCUUGCCGUGGUCUCUACGCAGACGCAGCGUUUACAAUUGGUAACGCUGUUGAUGGGACCUCGGCGCCAAUUGCGUUGAGGGUGUGGGUAUUUCAAGGCUGCCCACUCAGCCCCCACCUCUUUACUGCCGCGAUUGCCCUGCUGCUUCACGCGCUCAAGUCGCUGCCGGACACUGGCGUGAAGAUGUCAAGCGAAGCCCGUCCCGGUGCUGCUGCUUACGCAGACGUCUUGAAGACAUUCAGCAGCACCGUGGACGGUAUCAAGCAUCAGCACUCGGUGGUGCACGACUUCCUGCGCUGGACCGGCACGAAGGCGAAUCCGCACAAUUGCAUUACCCUGUCGGUCCAGCGGGAUGUGCGUGGUCUUCACCGGACCAGCGACCUCCGGCUGCAGCUCGACGGCUCCCCGAUCCCCGCGCUCAGCGCCUCCGACUCAUACCAAUACUUGGGGAUUGCGGAUGGCUUCGACCACGUGCGCCGUCGCGUUUAG